AGAUGAUCAAAUUACUGAGCAUAGGAGAACUGCGCAUAGAUGGACUAUAAGAUAUAAUAAUGAUGCUGAAAGUGAUGAAAGCAGGAAACACCAGAAACAACAUGGUAAUACUCAAAGAUUAGAAGGAGCUAUGAUAAAUAAUGAUGCUAGAAAGCAAGCUCAUAUUAAUACAUUAGUACAGGAGAA